AUGAAUAAUAACAGUAUGGCAUCUACUGGAAAAACAGCUGGGCGUCUUACAAAAAGAGAAGCGAUAAGUCCUACUUUUCCAUUGGACACUACAGGGUCUGAAACUGACAGAAGCGUCAAUACUAUAUUAGACAAGACUACAUUAAUUUCUGAAGCUGACACAGGUGCCAGUGCUACAUUGGAUAAUUCUUCAACAAGUUCUGAAGUUGGCAAAGGUCUCAAGACUACACUGGACAAUACUACAGCAAGUUUUGACGCUGAUGAUAGUUUUCUACUGGACAAUUCUUCAGUAAGUUCCGAGCUCAGCCAAGGCAGCGACGUGUUGACUGGAGCAGCAAUUGAAGAUAACAUUACGCAAACAAAUAUGACAGAAACGGCCCAUACGUCUGCUGCUGCUCUGAAAGCCAAUGAAAGUUCAGAUUCAACAGUAGCAGCUGAAGCUAUAGAUAAUAGGCAACAAAACACAACUUCUGGUGAUCAGUCAGCUCAAGACAUUACUCCCAUCAACGAUGUUGUAGAAGAUCCUCUAUCUAGCAACACUACCACUGUACCACCAGCUUCAGAGGUAACAUCAUUGCAGCCAUCUGUUACAGAAACUACUUUGUCUGCAACAAAUACUACAUUAUCUGUAGCAAAUACUACUUUACCUGCUGAUGUGACCUCAAGCACAACUGAACCGACUGCAGAAAGUUCAACAGGAAAAACUGAUGGCUCGGCGACGGUAGUAGAGGAAGUUCGGGUGAACCAAAUUCUCAGCUCUGAAUCCUACUACGCCAAUAAAAACUAUCUGGAUGCUGUAGUACCCGACGCAAAAGAGAAUGUGAUUUUAAUACCGUCUCUGAUAACAGAUGGCGAAAACAUCGAUGAUAAGGCUAAGGCGGUGGCGAAAAUAGACGGGAGCGUCUGGCAUAAUGGACGACGGUUCCACUCCUAUAACAGAGUGGAUCUGCUGACUACAGCGACGGUUCUCCACGGGGUAAUCGUCUCCUCCAUAUCUGGGCUAGUGAAGCUUCAAGACGAUAUUGCGUUACAGGAUAUUAUUGUGUCCUCACUACGAAUGUUGACCUGGUUUCUCAACAACCCCCAAGAGGUCGUUACUAUGGUGACGCUGUCAACGUUUCCGUCCAGGUAUCAACUUUACUGGGUGACUGCUCGAGUUGCAUUUCAGCUCAACUCCAGACAGGCGCAAAGCUCCAAAAUGUUUCAGUUUGCAGAUGGUGUUAUCCUGCCCUUUGUGGCGGCUCUGCGGGAUAAGAUGACUUACUCGAUCCUCCAGAGUAUCACUGAUGGCGGCUUGGGACAGGACGGCAAAACUAGAGUGUACAUUGACGACUUCAUUGGGGUUGCCGAUUUGGACGACAAGGGACAUAAGCUAGUCAGCGGGGACGAUCGAGUUUUCACAUCUGCAAUGGCAAUAAACAUCCUUAUAGCCGCUUGGACAGUUCAGAAAGAAACUGGAGUUUUAGAAUUUGUGAAAGAGAUCGGAGACCCUGUCCGUAUUGCCAUCAACAGUUUGGCCAACUAUGUCUCCGGAGCUAUAACAGAUCCAGCCAACCACAAUCUCAACGCCUUUAUGAGCGAACAACCCAAAAACUGUGAG